UAUUCAUAUCAUGAAUUCUCGCUGUUAUACAUCUGUCGCUCUUUAACGGAGAGCAAUGUUUCCAAUGACAAACUACAAGGAGGAGGCACAGCCUUAAUCUCACUUCGUUUUGGGGCUUUCCAUAGACGGGACCCUGGGAUAAGGAGAACGCGAGCGCCCGGCGGAAAGAGGUGUCAGAGCUGGGAAGGAGUGAAGAUACAGAGAAAGCUGGCAUCCACCCCGGACACAGAGAUGAAAUCAAGUUCAACUGAGAACACGAAUCUCGGCAUGCCAUUGUGCUCAGAGUCCAAAGAUCUACUGACUAGUCGUGCAGGAAGUACUUUUUACAGCAGUUCGAGAAGUGUAUCCAUUUGGACCUCAGAGCCACAGACAGCCUGGGAAGUUUAUCACAAACCUAUCAUUGUCAUGUCGAUUGGAGGAGCAUUUUUCAUUUUGGGUUCCAUUGCAACUGGCUUGUACUUUGCACAGAUCACCAAGAAAACAUGCAAUAUACUGGGGCCAGCAUUUCUGUCGCUUGGGAUAAUGUUUCUUGUAUUUGGAUUGGUCUGGCUUCCUAUUCUCAAAGAAAAGCAACAAAAGAAGUCUGUGUCUAGAUAUUUCAGGAAGCAGAGGUCACCAUUGUUUGCCUUGUGAGGUAAAAUGGCACAACAGAGAUUCUUGGAUACCUUCACAAUAAUAUAUAUAUUUAUGUGGACCUGUAGGAAUUAAUGGAGAUGAUAAACCACUCCGUAUAUAUGUGCUUUGGAUUCAGUGAACAUGACAGACUUCAUUUUAUAGGCACCUUUUGGGAUCUGAGGAUAUCCCAAGAACUUUAUAAUCAAUUAUAUACUUAUUUUUGAAGUAUAGUCACAGGGGAAGUUCAUAAAAUAUGGAAUAAAGUCACAGUGUGGCUUUUGAAAUAUUUUAUUUGUUUGCUAUCGCCUGAAGUAAGUGGAACAGUAACGGUUUCAAGAUUCUAUUUCAUGUCCAACGUUGUGGAACUUGAUCAGAAAUUUAACAAUGGCUUUUUAGGGUCAUUCAGUUCUAGCUUACAAGUAAAUGAGACUCCAAGAAUUGCUGUCUCAAACAGUGUUAUUUACUCUGCAAUGAACAGUUUCAGAAGCUGUAAAAUAAAUUAUGCCAGUAAUGAAUUAUAAUUGAUAAUAUAAAGUUAUUGUAAAUAUUAUCGAAUUAAGUCAAUUACUCCAUAAUAGCAAGGAAGAAAAUGUGCAUGUCUUUUGUGUGAACAAAGUCGUACAGUGGGGCAUAAUUUUAGGCGUCAUUCUGAGAUAGAAGAAAUGCAACAAAACCAAAUAUUGCACUCAAAUAUUAGUAACCUGCCUUAAUUCAUUGGAAGGUGUUUGCAAAAUGUAAAGUGUGAGCCAUUCUUAUAAUUACUUGCUUUCCAGUGAAUUUGUCAAAGCGAACCUUAUGUUAACUCUUUAUACCCAUCGGGAUUUGUAACUGAUGAGGAUUGCACUACAUUUCCUGCUAACUCAGCUCUUAAUUUUUAAAUAUGCAAGUGAUUGUACAUUACAUAGAGCAUACCGUAAAGGUAAUCUCAAGGAAUAUGAAGAUAGAAUUGCAUCUUUCAACAUCAGCAAAUUACAUUUUGAAAGCAUCUUUCACCUUGGGGGAGAAAAAAACAAUGUUUUGUAAAAAUAGACACAAUUUGAGAAUCAUUUCUAUGAUUUAUUUACGUCAUUGGCAAAGAAAGGUUAAGCUAAAUGUGUUCCUUUUACUGAGGUUCAAUAAAAUUCAGCUAAGUGAGGACAUAAUCUUUGUAAAAUGAUAAAUAUAAUUAAAUUUAGUUUAAACAUAAAGAGGAUUAUAAUUUGAUAUUUCUCUUAUGAUUCCCAUAGAUGGAUUCAAUAACUUUGGGAAUUCUUCCAUUUAGGAUAAAUGAGCCAAACAUACCUUAUUUUAAUCAUAUUGGUAGAAGUGACAGCUUCUGUUAUUCACAUCCUUUUUUUGCCAACUAAAAGUUAUCAUUUUCUUUUUUUCCCCCAUUCCCUAGCUGGAGUCCAACAUGAGAACUGUGCAAGAGAUAGCUUAUGAAAGAGUACCUUCUUUAUCAUGUUCAAUUUAGGAACUAUAAAUAACAUCUGAUAUUACUUUCCCUUUAUGUGAUUAGUUAUCACCACUUUCUUCACCAUGAGCACUUUAAAUGGUUGACUAACUCUUGACUGAGAAUCUCUCAGUAAUGAUUUGGAAUCAGGGAAGAUAUUAAGUGAUGGGUGCUAAGUCAUCAAUCUACUUUUUUAAAAAUCUAACAAAGAAUACCUUUUGCAAAUCUUUGAGCGUGAUUUUAACCAUAAGCAGUAAAGAGGAGGAUGGUUAGGUUUCCACAGUGAUCCUAAAUUCUAUACAAAUUAUGAAAACAGGCUCAAGCGUUACGAGGACACAAGGGACUGCAGAUGCUGGGACCUAGAACAACAGGUAAAGCACUGAAGGAACUCAGCAAGCCAGGCAGCAUCCGCUUUCCAUUUCCCUCGAUCGAUGCUGCUUGACCCUCAGAGUUCCGUCAGAGCUUUCUGUGUGGAUAUACACAAAGGUUUAGUCCUUUUUGGCAAGAGUUUAUUGAAUCUUAGUAUCAGCAUUUGAUGUUCUUUUUAGCAGUAAUUAAUUGUGACUGUUCCAAUAACAUAAAAUUUUGCACUAAAAGUAUCUCCAAAGGUAUGGAUCUUGACUGUGCAUGAAUGUGGCAGAA